CAAAAUGAGCGGACUGAAAAAGUCCCCUGAAGAACUCAAAGCCAUUUUUCAAAGAUAUGCAGCCAAAGAGGGCGAUCCUGACCAGCUAUGUAAGGAUGAACUGAAAAUGCUCAUUCAAGCAGAAUUCCCCCAUUUAUUGAAGGGGCCAAGCAGUAUCGAUGACCUUUUUAAAGAGAUGGACAAGAAUGGUGAUGGAGAAGUCAGUUUUGAGGAAUUCACGAGUCUGAUGAAAAAGAUAUCCCAGUGAGGUCAUCCCCGGGAACCACGGGGCAGAAGAUACCAAGAGACAGAGCUCUGCUCUUGCCAUGAGUCAUACAAAACCUGAGCAGCUACUACGAAGCACGAGUCCUUAUUCUUCGGUCAGUCAGGAAAUCAUGAUUAAAAAGUAUUUCUA